GGUCUCGGACAGGGCGGUACUCAGCGUCACCGUAAAAUUUCUCGCCACAGCAUCACUGUAAUCAACAGACCUACUAUCCGCCGUCUCGCCCGUCGUGGAGGCGUUAAGCGCAAUUCUGGACGUAUCUACGAAGAGACUCGUGGUGCCCUCAAGAUCUUUAUGGAUGAUGUUCUCCGUGAUACCGUCGCUUAUACCGAAAACGAAGAUCGUAAAACCGUGUCUGCUCUGGAUGUUGUACAUGCUUUGAAGCGAUCAGGUCGUACAUUAUACGGUUUUGGAGCUUAG